AUGGAGGCUCAACAAGUUGCAACAAUUAGAAAAGAAAGAGAACGUGAAAAAGAAUUAAAACUUCAAAAUAACAUUAAUAAUAAUAAUAAUGAUAAUAAUAAUAAUAGUAAUAAUAAUAAUAAUAAUAACAAUAGUAAAACUGAUAAGAUUAAAGAUGCUGAUAGAUUGGAUAGAUCAGUAAUUAAUCAAUCAAAUAACAAUCGUUCAAAAACUCAAAACGGAAGUGGAGACAAUAAUAAUAAUAAUAAUAAGCCAUUUGUUUUUAAUUUUGAUGAUAGUGAUCUCUCAGAUCAUCCCGAUUAUGUCAUUACAGCUAAACCAGACAAUAUUAUUAAUACUGCUGUAUCACCUACAAAAAAUAAACAUCACAAUUCAAAGAGAAAUGAUAUAAAUAAUACUACCACCAUUACUACUACAGAUAAGGAGAAUAUAACACCACAACAAUCAUCAGCUAUUAGCGAUGCACCAAUUACACCACAACCCAUAACUGCCGCACCAUCGGAAUCCCCUUUACCAAUGGAUUAUACAAUACCACCACCACCAUCAACAACAACAACAACAACAACAACAACAACAACAACAUCAUCAUCAACUAUUGGCGAUGCUCCAAUUUCACCACAACCAAUAGUAUCAAGUAGUAGUGGUAUAAAUGGUGCACCAAUAACACCACCACCACAAGUAUCAAAUUUGGUAAAUGCUCCACAAUCAUCAUCUUCAUCAUUAUCAUUAUCAUCAUCAAAUAUAGUGAACGCACCACAAUCAUCAUUAUUACCAAAUAUAGUGAACGCACCACAAUCAUCAUCAUCAUCAUCAUCAUCAUCAUUAAAUAUAGUAAAUGCACCAAUUACACCAAUCACUCCAUCAUUAUCAUCUUCAUCAUUACUAUUAUCACCAAGUAGAAUUAAGAAAACAUAUGAUGAAAAUGAAUUACCAUUAGGUUUUAAUGAUGAAAGUUUACAAAAGUUAUUAUAUAAAUUGGUCAAGAAAUAUCCGAUUAUAACAACAACAAAACAAAUUAAUACAAAAUCAUCUUAUAGAGCAUCAACAACUAGAGACAAUUGGCUAAAAUGGACAUAUGGUAAACAAAAGUUAACUGAAUAUCGUAGAUCUAAAAAAAUUAGAAACUAUAUUAAAAGAAAAACUCAAAAAGACGUUUCAUUAAUAUCCAUCAUGAAUUGGUGCAGAUUAAAUGGUUUUACACCUUUAACUACUCAUCAAGAAUCAUUUUAUAAUUUAAUUGAUCCUUUUAAAAAUAAAACUUCUGAUAAUUUUAUAACCACUACCAAUAAUAACAACAAUAAUAAUAAUAAUAAUAAUAACACUGAUACCACUACAACAACUACUACCACCACCACUGCUAAUAAUGGAAAACACAAUGAUGAUAAUAAUACUACUUCUACAAAUAAUUCCCCUAAUACAACUGUAACUUCAACUAUUAAUGAUAAUGUCAUUGGAAAUAAUGACAGUGGUAUGUCUGACACACCAACUUCAUUACAUGAAACCACCACUACAACCACUGUUUCAACACCUCCAAUUGAGACACCAACACCAAUAACAAAAUCAAUAUCAGUUAUCACACCAAUAUCAACAACAACAACAACACCAACACCAACAACACCAACACCAACACCAACACCAACAACACCAACAACACCAACAACAACACCAACACCAACAACACCAACACCAACAACAAUAACAACAGCAGCAGCACCAACACCAACAACACCAAUAACAGCACCAAUAACAGCACCAACAUUAUUACCACAAACUCAAGAACAGUCUAAGGAUUUUUCGAAUUCAGCACCAAAUAAUAAUAAUAAUAAUAAUAAUAAUAAUAAUAAUAAUAAUAAUAAUAAUAAUAAUAAUAAUAAUAAUAAUAAUAAUAAUAAUAAUAAUAAUAAUAAUGAAAGUAAAAAUCAUGAUGGUAAUGAAAAUAUGGUAUUUGAGGAAAGUUAUACAGAUAGUGCACUUGCUGAUGAAAUUGAUAGCGUUUUGAAUGGUUUGGUUUCAGGUGAUGAUAAUAAUAGUGGUCAAAAUGAAAAUGUUGAAAGUAAUUUGAAUGGUAAUGAAAAUAAAAAGAUUCAUCAUGAAGAUGAAGAUGACCAUGUUUUAUUAAAUCAUCGUAGUCAAAAUAAUGUAAAAGUGGAUAAUUCAUCAGUAGCAACAACAGAAGCAAAAUCAACAAUAACAACAUCAUCAUUGGUUACUUCUCCACCGCCACCACCACCAACAACAAAAACAGCAACAGCAACAAAUACGACGACAACAAAUAAUAUAAUCACGCAAUCACCAUCAAUCAAUUCCAUGCCAAAUGACCAUCCAAUGUUUGAUAUUGAAAAUACAUUUCAACAACAUCAUCAUCAUCAUGAUUUAAUUACACCAAUGGAAAGUAUUAGAUCAGGUUUAUCUUCAAUUAUUGAACAACAUCAUUUAAUAUCAACUUCACUUCCAAUCAUCGAUGGCUUUGUAACACCUUCUUCAACAAUACCAACAAUUAAAGUAUCCAAUAAUAAUAGCAUUAAUAAUAAUGGUGGUAGCACUAACGAUAUAUCACCACAAACGUCAAAUAGUCAAUUAUUAUCAACUCCAAUUUCACCAAAACCACUUCAAUCAUUACCAACACUGCCAAAUAUAGAGAAACAACAACAACAACAACAACAACAACAACAACAACAACAACAACAACAACAACAACAACAACAACAACAACAACAACAACAACAACAACAACAACAACAACAACAACAACAACAACAACAACAACAACAAAAACAACAACAACAACAAAAAGAAAAUCAACAAGAAUCACCUCUAUCACCAAAUAUUGAAACACCACAAUCACCAUCAUUAUCAACUGAGAUGAUAAUUGAAGAGGGAGAUGGAGAUAAUGAAAUGGAAACAGAAUCAAUGGGAACUACAGAUGCACCAAGUAGUCAACAAUAUCCAAACAUUUUUUCAAAUUUAGUUGAUCCAACAAUGCAACCAGUAUUACAAUCACCAUCUUAUUCAUCACUUUUACCAACUAUCAUCACAGUUGCACCAAUUUAUGGAAGUAGUAAUAGUACUAGUAAAAAAUAUUCAACCGAUACAUCAACAUCUGAAUCUGAAUCAUCAUCAUCAACAACGACCUCCUCAUUAUCAUCCUCUUCCUCUACAAAUGUAAAUUCAAAUAAAAAGAUUAGAGGAAAAUAUAGAACUCGUAAAAUUAGAGAAAUGGAAAGACAAUUACAACAACAACUACUAUCCUCUUCAAAUACAACAUCAUCUAUUGGUAGUGGUGAUCAAUUAUUACCAACAACGACAACAGCAACAACAACAACAAUAACAACAACAACAACAUCAUCAACAGGUGAUAAUAAUGAUAAUGAUAAUAAUAAUACAGCAGAUCAAGAAUUUAAUUAUGAUUUUCCAUUAAUUGAAACAUCAUUAUGUCCAUUUACACCUGAAAGGGUAAAUGAAAAAUUAUUAAAUUCAACAAAUGGUAAAGUUAACAAUAAUACAAGUACAACCCUAAAUAAUAAUAAUGGUCAAUUAGUACCAAUUAUAUUACCAAUGACAAAGAAAACGCCAACUUUAUUCUGUAAAUAUUGUGGUUCAGGUCAUCAUCCUGAUAGUUUUGAAAUGAAACAAAAAGCAUGUUCAAUUCAGUAUAAAGGUGUUUCCUAUACCACUAUCAUUAGUUCAUUUCCACAAAUUGUAAUCACUUAUCCUCCAAAUUUCGAUCCAGAAUCAAAAAUGCCAAAUCCAAAUUCAAUAUCACCAAUUAAAUAUAUUUCAAAUAGAACAAUCAGUCAACCAUUCAAAGCUGAAACUUUACCAAUCGAUUGGAUUCAAUUGGUUAUGAAAUCAAUUGGUAUACCAAGACUAAAGGAUUCAUCCUGUUCUUUUGAUGCUGAGGAAAUCAUUUAUCAAGCUUCAAUUCUUUUCAUGAGAAAUUUAAUUGGUGAAACUUUUCAAGUUUAUCAAGAGGAAAGAGAUAAGGAACCAAAAGAAGAUUGUGUCAUAAAAUUAAUGGUACCUGCUCAUUUACAUACUGCAAUUAAAAAUACUCCCCUAUUUAAUUUUAUUAGUAAUAUUGCACUUUAUAGAGAUUAA